AUCCGGAUCGGGAGGCGUCCGUGCCCGGAGCCACGGGGCAUCGAUGGACAAGCCAAGCGACUUCUGACUCCGCAUCGGUUCCUGGGGCAAAAUUCCAUGGCAAUGUAUCCUACCAGGGUGUCCGGUGAGGAGUGCAAUGGGAUCAACAGCAUGGCGGCCGAGAGCGGCCCCGGCACGCGGCUGCGCAACCUGCCGGUGAUGGGCGACGGCCUGGAGAGCACCCAGAUGUCCACGGCCCAGGCCCAGGCCCAACCCCAGCAGGGCAGCGUGGUGGGCGUCAACCCUCCUCCCCCAGAGACCUCCAACCCCAACAAGCCCAAGCGCCAAACCAACCAGCUGCAGUACCUGCUCAAGGUGGUGCUGAAGACGCUGUGGAAACACCAGUUCGCGUGGCCGUUCCAGCAGCCUGUGGACGCCGUCAAGCUCAACCUCCCUGAUUAUUACAAGAUCAUUAAGACUCCGAUGGACAUGGGAACAAUAAAGAAGCGUCUGGAGAACAAUUACUACUGGAAUGCUCAAGAAUGUAUCCAGGAUUUCAACACCAUGUUUACAAACUGCUACAUCUACAACAAGCCAGGGGAUGACAUAGUCUUAAUGGCAGAAGCUCUGGAAAAGCUUUUCCUGCAGAAGAUCUCGGAAAUGACCCAGGAGGAGACUGAGAUCGUCAUCGCUCAGACCAAGGGAAGAGGACGCGCGCGGAAGGAAGCAGCAGGACAAGGACCAG